UUUUUGCAAAAAAAUAUAUUUUUAAUCUGUGAAAAAAAUUCGACGUAAAAUGUUCAUGAAAAAGUUUUCAUGGCUUUGUUGACCAGUUUGAGAAAACCACAGCGCGAAUCAUUUUGCACCUGUCUCUGCACCCGCAAAUCAACAAAACAAUCCACAUCAUCACAUGUUUUGAUAUUUAUCCCAAAAAUAUUUGAAAGUUAUUAUUUCCUAGUAAUAAAUUAUUACCAAUUUUCUCCCAUCUAAAUACUCCUAAAGAAGUUAAAUAAUUCCACGAUACGCCAAGACAUAAAGCCUUUACCUCAACCUUUCUCUGAGUAAAAAUGGUAGAAUUUUGCACAUUUUGUGGGGAUCAGGUCGCCGUUGCCAUGGCGACGUCCUCCUCAGCGCUGGCCUCGUACUCGACCUCCUGCACCACUUCCGUCCUGUCCCUGCUCCACAUCGAGGUCAGCCACCCCGUCGCCACGCACGUCCUCCGCACCGACGGCAACCUCUGCCCGCCAUGCGCCCAACUUACUCGCGAUAUCGACCUCGAGUUCCGCUCAGUACUCAAGUUCCUGAAAAAUCUCGACCUUUUGCGAAUCCGGUUGGCAAAGACGGUGCAAAAUGCGGCGAAAACGGGGAAACUUCGCGAGAUUAUUGACCUCAACGAUAAAAUCCAGCAAGAAAUUCCCCUCGUAAAUCAAGGUUUUGAAACCUUCUCUAACCUACUCCGUUUUCAAGGAGGGAAUGGAAUUAAGGCCGAAAUAGGCGAUAGGAUUGCAAAUCUGGGUGAAAUUUGCAAACAAGAAAUGCUAAUUUUACCAGAAAUCAAGGACGAACCCUUAUCCGAUUUUGAAGACAUGAACUUAACUAAUUUAAGUAGUGAAAUACUAAAUAUGAACGCAGAGGAAUUCCACGUGGGCGAUUUGUUCGUCCCCUCCAACGAGAAGAAGGAGGAUUCUGACGGCGAAGAGGAAUCCGAUCCUGACGCCGAUUUCUCAGAAAUCUCCACCGAUUCCGACUCCGACUGGGAGGAGGAGAAAGGGUCCAAGAAGAAGAAACCUAAAAAACUAGAUUCCACCAAAUCCAAGGAUUCCACUUCCCCAAAACCACCUCGCCCCCCAAAACCCUCCUAUUAUAUCCCACGCCCCAAAAAACUCAAACCCCACGCUUGCCCCACCUGCUCAAAAACCUAUUCAACUCUCCUCUCCUUAGAAAAACACACGUAUCUCGUCCACCCCUCCAUAAAUGCGCCGUCCCCCUUCCCCUGCUCCAUUUGCUCGCUCCCUUUCCCCACCCAGGUCGACUUGGACGCCCAUCUCGCCACCCAUCUCGCCUCUCCCACCCCAUUUCAAUGCACCCUCUGCUCCGCCGUCCUCUCCAACUCGUCCCAACUCAAAAGCCACCUUUCCACCGUGCACCGCGUGGGGAAACGAUCCCUUCCCUGUCCCACGUGCGGGGCCCUUUUUUCCCGCCAAGCGUCCCUCGUCGUCCAUCAAAAGACGCACUCAGACUCCUUCGUCGGUCAUCCUUGUCCAGUUUGCGGGCUCCAAUGUAUGUCCAAAGCCGUCCUCGCGGUGCACAUGGAUAAGCACGCGGCCACGAAGCAGUUCGUGUGCGAGGUGUGCUGGAAGGGAAAAUAAAUAUUUACAUAUGUAAAUUUCAUGCAGAGUAUGAAAUGCAGAUUUACGGCUGAAAUUGUUAAAUUUAACUCAAAUAUGGGCACAAAAUUAAAUUGAGACUUAGGACGCGAAUAUGACCGCUAACUAGUGUCUACAUACAUAUGUAGGGUUUGAAUGGGGGUAUUGGGUUAUGCAUUUUUUAAUUUAUAGACACAUAAGACUUACAUAGUAUUGACUGGUAAAUAUAUAAUUAAUGGGGAUGGAAUUACGUCCCGCCAAAAUCAUUUGCCAACUUGAUUAACAUUGGGGGUGGGCGAAAUUCAAAUUCAAAAUUACAUAUGUCCAUUAAUUAUUUAACGACCAAUACCAUUAUAUUCUCAAUAUUUGCAUUUAUUGCAUUUCUAUUUUUACCUUAAUUCAAUUUUUCGUCUAAAUUUACAAUACAACUCUUUCACAACCAUAGUGUGAAUUCGGUGGAACAGCAAUCACUUUUGUAUUUAGAGAAAUGGAUCCUGUAAAACUUCCCCGGAUGUGGCGAUACGCGGCGUCUCCAAACACUUCCAGAUCGUAAAAGUCUGCAUCUUCCGAAAUCAGGUAGUCUCUAACUUCCACACCAUUCCAAUUAGUUACUCGGUAUUCUGCUAGAGCAAUAUAAUCCGACUGGAAAUUUUCUGCAAUCCCAACGAUUGAACAGAUUCGGACAGAAGUAUGUGGAUAAACGGUAAUCUAGAAAAAAAUCUUACUUAAAUAGAUUUAUAAUAACCCCAUCUGCAAUGUCAAUUUCUCACCGUCCUUGAAGACGAAAUUGUCUGCGUUCGUGUUAUUUCAAGUGUUUCCCGGUACGUUGUGCUUUCAGAAUAUGUUUCUGUAUGUUUUGCACUUGUCCCAAGUAAGCCAGGAAUACCCACAUUGGCAUUAACGUUCCAUGCCAAUUCCCAAGUAUUUGUCGUGUACACGCUAAUUAAUAUUGUGUUUGAAAUGGAUUUUGCAUGGGUUAUAGUUUGGGUCACGGUAGUAUCCGCAUUGUUAAAGAUUUCAUCCAGCCCUACCGUACUGGGUCGACCAGUGGCGGGGGAUUUAGCAUAAACGAAAUUCUUUAAGGUCAACGAGAGGCCGGUGUACGAAAUGAGGUAGUUAAAAUCAUAACCAGGCACUAAUUCUAGUUCGUUGUUGUCAAAAUAAUAGUCACCAAAAGUACCAAGAAUUGCAAAUUGAGAGCCACUACUUCGCCCCAAACUUGUGCCCUGACUAUCAGUUACACGCAAAUUUCUAUCCGAACUCUCAUAAUUGUCUUGCCAAUCUAAAGUGCAAUGUAGAGGGUUUGUGAGAAUCUCGAAUUCCCGAAGUGUUCCACUUCCAAGUAGAAGUUUAAUAUGCAGCAGUAAGGUUUUUUGGCUGAAAAUCCCGUAAAUUGAAGACGAUGUUACAAAACCCCUCCCGAACCCUUGGGUUCCAUCGGGGGAUAGGAAUGCUGCAUCUGGGAGCCGAUCCCCUGUCGUGUAAGGUACCCAGGUCAACGGACAAUGCAGUUUAGAUGGGACGGAGCUUCCCAUGCUCGAAAUAUAGAGCAGAACUAAAAUUGAAAUUUUUGAAAAUUGCAUUAUGCAAAACGUGUUAAGAAACAGAUGAUAUCUGCUGCCCUGUGGACGGAAUUGGUUUGUUGUAUGAGCUACUGAAUAUAUACUUUGGAUGAAUAAAGCUCUUUAUGCAAACCCUGAUCAAAACCAGAUCCAGUCGCAUAUUAAACCCGAUCAAUCACGAGCAACUACGAUUUACCAAACACUACAAAUCGUGUUAAUACUCUUUCCGAUUUUAUUCGCAUAUCUCUGCAGUUAAACAAGUCAAUAUUUGAUCUGACAUUGGGUGAUACGCAGAUACAACAAUUAUUACAGUACAUUUGAUAUUAAUACGGUGGUUUUGUUCACCUCGUUCCAAAUUUCUUCUACAUAUUUCAAAAUAGACAAGAUUCACAAAAAAUAAAAUGUGGCCUCUGUGGUCGAUCUUAAUUUACCUUACCCCCUUCUAUGGGGUCAUUCAGGGCGAGCAAGAUAUCCGAAUAAAUUGUCCAUUAAAGUGGGUCUCAUUUGACACAGGGUAUAAUACAGGACAAGUCCCAUCCUCGGCAAUAUCGACCAGCACGGAAAACAACUAUGUCGUUAAAAUAACUUCAAAUUCAACCGGAAAUGUUUACAUAGGACAAUUGUCCACGGAUAACGAGAUGGCGGCGUACGCUGCUAUUUCCUCGUUCGGUGAUUACGAAGCAAAACAAUUUGACUCGUUCGAACUCUUAACCAACCCUCAUGGAUGUCGGACACAAUGGAUGAAUCCGUACCACCAAGACGUCGCUAAAUUCUCUACAUCUCCAAAGGUAUGCAGAUCUGAGACGGAUAGGAUUUCAGGACAUUUUGAACCAGGCUUCCUUGGCAACUGUGUAGUAGCACCCGACUCCGUUACCGUACACAGGACUCGACAGUUUUCCAUCUUAGUAAGCUACAGGCCUGGAGUUAUGACCAAGGUCGUAAAUUUUUCCUUGGCAAUUGAUCCAAAUAGUGAGGAUGGAGAGUUGGAUUUUAUUGGAUUGGACGAGCUGACGAAUCAUGCGGAUGUCACUGUCAUUCAAGUUGUUACUCAUACCAAAAAGGUAUCUGAACGAAUUAGUUACACGGAGACAACGGAAAGUUCAUCCGUAGUAAGUGUUACCCACGGAUUUGGUCUAUUCCUUGAGGAAUUUGGAUAUGGGGCAAAUAUCAAUUUUGAAAAAGGGGAAGGAGAAAGUUCGGGAACUACGGAAACGUUGAGCAACUCUACGGAAAGGAUAGUAGAAGUCUCAAGAGAAGUUGUGGUCCCAUCUUAUACGUCACUCACGGUCUGUUCAACAAUUGCAUUCAACGACAAGUACAAUUCCAGCUAUUCUGCCACAGCUCAAUUUUCAUCCCCUGGUUUGUCAGCGUUACAAGUACAAAAUCAUCUCGUAAAUCUGGGAAUGGAGGGCCCAUUUAUUCGAACUGGAGAAAUGGUUUCAAAAAUUAUUAAAGGAACAAUUGCAGCUACUUUGGCAAUGGAAACACACUUUAUUGUAACCCCGCAAAAUUCUUUUCGUGGAUGCGAAACGUUAAUGGAGGAAACGAUGAGAGCUACAUCUUUAAAAAUUCAACAAAAAUCGGGUAGAAUCAUGAAACGAGUUAAGGCACAUUCAUCAUAAUUCAUUUACAAACUCUAAAUUUCUCGAAACGAAUGUUAAAAACCUAAAAGGGUCAAAAAUGUCAAUAAAAUUACACAUUUCUUAAUAUUUGGUAUUUGUUGUUGGGUUGACUAACGGGCUUAGGUUCUAUUCUUUCUAUAUAUUUAAUAACCUCAAUUAAUGGCAAAUGCUUCGAAUUAUCUUCUAUACCAUGUAUUGCUCAACUUCAACAAAAAAUGAAUUUCAAGUUGUCGUUGCAUUAUGUGGGUAUUUUUCGUAUGUACAAAGGAAUUUUUCGAAGACGUAGGGUUAAAACAUGCCGAUUGGUAUCACAUCAGGUAAUUAACAAAAAUCAUCAAAAAUGACCGAUACGUAUGCUAAAUUUUCUUAUAUUAUGCUAGCACUGAUUAUAUAUUUGUGAAGACAGAUAUAUAUAUAUGCUAGUUUAGUCACAUAACCUUAACUGUGACAUCCAGGGACGACUUGUCUAAAUACGGGUUAAAGUUGUAAUUUCCGUCAUGUCUGUUACACCAAUUUGUGGUUCGUCUACACCAAGUGGUUUUGUGGUUCGUUUGCAUCAUACACUUUGUAAUUGAGAUGGGAUUAACAAUGUCAUAUCUUCUGUUUAGUCGCUUUUUCAAACCGUUCUAGUCGUUGUCAAUGGCAUUUAACUUAAAAAAUUACCAAAGUGUAACAUCCAUCCUUUUUGGUAGAUUUAAAACUUGAGCAACUUCGUAGAUUCUUAAACUAUUUUGUUCUUAAAAUAUUUGGACGAGCAAAUAUUACGCGCAUUCAAAUCUACUUAAGCCCAGUUCAAUCACCGCCAAACAGGCGCUGGGAUUUGUGCUCGAGCUUAUAAAUUAUGCGUAAUUAACAUCCCUGUUAUGCACGAAAAUAUUUCAUGAUCCCAGUUCAAUCAACGUCAUGCAGAGACGUAGAUAGUUUAAAAUGCUAAUAAUUACAGGAAUCAAUCAAUGUCUGGGUUAAGCAAUUUAUUUUAAAUAAAUCACUUUGCCCACUACUCAGUCAGCCAACUGAUCAGUCAAAAUAUUUGAAUGCUUACGUCGCAGCGGCAUAAGUUCUGGAAUUCUUCUUCUAAAAAAAUGUAGUUCAUGUCAUCGUUAUGGGAGCGUCUGCAAAAGGAUUAUGAUGUUGUUGUGAAUAACUCCAUCAAUGUUAGAUUAUGCGAAAUGCCAACGAUACAAGUCAGCCUUAAGUUACAUACACCAAUGUGUGGCUCGUUUACGCCAUCGCGUUUGUAAUUGACAUGAGAUUAACGAUGUCAAAUCUUUAGUGCAUGCCGACAAUAAAUGAAAAAAUGCACGUUAGUCUUUGUUUGUUUGUGAUUAAUGCAUUGGUGUAUGUUUCGACUAUUUCUGAAUUACACAAUUUGACAACUCGUGUCUAAUUAAGACAACAAAUCUUUCGUCCAAAUUAUUGUAACCAUGAUUAAUUUCAGCUGAAAGUGACGCCAUAAUGGUUCAAGAAAGGGAAAUCAAUGUAUUUAUUCGACGUUAUUCUCAUUUUAUACUCACGUUAUUCUUAGGAUUAUCUAGUUUUUGGGAUCUUGUUUAUUUAAUACUUGAAAAUUUUCAUUGUAUAAUCUAGUGUCAGUCGUUGUCAAUUGUAUUCAAUUAAAAAAUUUGCCAUUUGUUGCAUCCGUCCGUUUUCUACUUCAACUUUGAAUGAAUUCGUAAAUUAUUUUCUGGAUUUUCUUGAUUUUGGUCUUAAAAUAUUUGCAUGGACAGGCGGACCCAUAAAUUUUUUGCAUAUUUUAUGAUCCUGUGAACAGCUGUGUACUCCAGUAUAUGUCGGGGCAGCGUACUGCCAUCCAUCAAAAAAUUUUAUUUAUGACAAUAGCAACGUCAGAAGGCUUGUAAAUAUAAGAAAAUGUAUAUAAUUCAACAAUCAAAACCUAGACAUUCAAAUCCCUAAGAUUUAUCAUUCUUGCUAAUGCAAAUGUGUAUGACAUUUACGCGAUGGACAUGCUUACAGUUAUACGUUUAUUUAAUUUUAUUAUUGUAACAAAUAAAUAUGUAGGGUUACAUAAUAAUGGGUAAAUUCUGUCAUUUGCUCUAAUGCAGAUUGAAUCGGUGAUUGAAUCGUAAUAUAUUUCGGUUCUUGUAUAAAUAAUAUAUACUUAGAUUUUUGACGUGUACCAUCAUUUUUUAAGGUUUAACAUUUAAGGAUGAUCUCAACAACUAUUUUGACAACACCUUAAAAUCUGCCUUACGUAGAUACUAACUAUCAACAACUUCCGACAAGAAGUCUACCUAUCACACAUCUUGGAUUUUAUUAACCCGUGAGAUCGUUUCCAUAGCAACAUAUUAUGGAGCAAAUUUGCAACUACAUUACCAACGGAAACAAAAUAUAUCAUCAUACAAUUACUUACCCCCAUACUCUUUAGCGUUAGUGACCUUAAUGAAGAAAGCGUAAAAGCAAACCCUGUCAAAAAUCGGGUAUAGCUAUGAAAUGAAUUACCGAACGUGUAGAGUGUUUUGGCCAAAUCUAAGUAAAUACCAAUAUUCCAAUAUGCAUGUUAGCAAAUUUACGGAAAUAAAAUUUUUGUUAAUUGGUA